UUAUUAGACUGGAAAAAUUAAAAAAAAUCGAGAGAAAGGCGGCCUUGCUUGUUUCAUUCAUUCAUAUCUAUCUACUCUAUCUACUCUACUCUACUCUACUCUACUCUACUCUUACGACUUUGUCAAUACCAACACAAAACCACUUACUUGGAGAUUGCAUUAUCAACAAGAACAACUUCUUUAAUCAAAAAAGUUUUACCUUUUUUCUGUUUAGACUUUCAAAAGGAAUCCCCCGUUUUAGAUAUCCCUUCUUCUCAUCCUCAGCCAGAAAGAAGUUUUCGUCUUCUUACCCUACUUACACUUUCCCCAUUUACUUUUUAAGCGCAAACACAACAUCACGAAUUCAAUAUGUCUGGUGGGUGCUUGCUAUUCGAACCACUCUUUUGGAUCUGGACUCCAAUACUAACUACAAUCAUUUAUAGUUGUUGGUGUAGACUUCGGUACUCUUAACACAGUCAUCGCUGUCGCAAGAAACCGUGGUGUUGAUGUCGUAUGUGUUUAAAUUUCUUUUGGGCUGUGGUUUUUUUUCUUCUGGUGGGGGUGUUUAUUCUAACUAUCCUUUGCGCAGAUCACAAACGAAGUUUCAAAUCGUGCCACUCCGUAAGUUAUCCUAGUCCUACAUCAUCUGCAAUACCUACAACAUCUCUGACAUAUCUACUCUAUAGUUCCCUUGUAGGGUUCGGACCCAAAUCCAGAUACCUUGGUGAGCCAGCAAAGACACAAGAAAUCUCCAACCUCAAGAAUACCGUUGGAUCUCUCAAGAGAUUAGCAGGCAGAUCGUUGAAGGACCCAGAUGUUGCUUUAGAACAAGACUAUGUCUCGGCUCCUCUUGUCGAUCUCAACGGCCAGGUUGGUGCGGAGGUCACAUAUUUGGGCAAGAAGGAAAGGUACACGGCUACUCAACUUGUGGCCAUGUACUUGAGCAAAAUCAAACACACAGCUUCCGUGGAGUUGAAACUUCCUGUUUCAGAUAUGGUCAUGAGCGUACCAGCUUGGUUCACUGAUGUCCAACGAAGAAGUUUGAUGGAUGCUGCUGAGAUUGCCGGUGUCAAGCUCCUCCGUCUGAUGAACGAUACCACAGCUGCUGCGUUGGGCUACGGUAUCACCAAGUUGGAUCUCCCAGGCCCAGAGGAGAAGCCUCGUCGCGUGGCUUUCAUCGAUAUCGGUCACAGUAACUAUACAGCCUCGAUUGUUGAAUUCCGAAAGGGUGAACUCACUGUCAAGUCGACCGCUUACGAUAGACAUUUCGGUGGACGAGACUUCGACAAGGCUUUGGUUGAGCAUUUCGCCGCAGAGUUCAAGGAGAAGUACAAGAUUGAUAUCAAGACUAACCCUAAGGCUAUGGUCCGUGUCGCUGCUGGUGCCGAGAAGUUAAAGAAGAUCUUGUCUGCCAACGCUAUGGCACCUCUUAACAUCGAAUCUUUAAUGAACGACGUUGAUGUGAGCGCCAUGUUGAAGCGUGAAGAGCUCGAGGCACUUGUUGAGCCACUUCUUAGCCGAGUCCACGUUCCUUUGGAGCAAGCUUUGGCCGAUGCCGGGCUGAAGGUUGAGGAUAUCGAUAUUAUUGAACUUGUCGGUGGUUGCACGCGUGUCCCAGCUCUCAAAGACCGCAUUCAAAAGUUCUUCAACAAGAGCCUUUCUUUCACGCUCAACCAAGAUGAGGCUAUCGCGAGAGGAUGUGCUUUCAGCUGCGCCAUUCUUUCCCCCGUUUUCCGUGUCCGUGAUUUCGCCAUUCACGAUAUCGUUAACUACCCAAUUGAAUUUACAUGGGAAAAAUCUCCAGAUAUCCCGGAUGAGGAUACUAGCCUCACUGUUUUUAACAAAGGUGGAAUUAUGCCUUCAACUAAGAUACUUACAUUCUACCGAAAGGAACCAUUUACUCUGGAAGCCAAAUAUGCCAAGCCAGAAUUACUGCCUGGCACAAUGAACCCAUGGAUUGGAAGAUUUACCGUCAAAAACGUCAAGGCUGACUCAAAGGAUGACUUCAUGAUCUGUAAAUUGAAGGCUCGUCUUAAUUUACAUGGUAUCUUGAACGUUGAACAAGGAUACUACGUUGAGGAUAUGGAGGUUGAGGAGCCAAUCCCCGAGAAGGAUGGAGAGAAGAAGGAUGAUGUGAGUAACCAGAUUUUUACUGAUAUUCAACCGUUACCCAAGGACGAACCUAUUCCAAAACGUCCCCGUUUGCAGGGACAUGAUAAACUAACACCCCACGUCAAGGCUAUGGAUACCGAUGAUAAACCAAAGACCAGAAAGGUCAAGAAGCAAGUCCGAAAGGGUGAUCUCCCAAUUGUCUCCGGCACCGCUUCCCUUGACACCGCCACCAUUGCCGCUGCUUCCGAACAGGAAAACGCCAUGAACAUGGAGGACAAAUUGGUCGCCGAUACCGAAGAGAAGAAGAACGAACUCGAGACUUACAUCUACGAAAUGAGAAAUAAGAUUGAUGAUCAAUAUGCCGAGUUUGCAAAUGAUGAGGAGAAGGAGAAGUUAAAGGCUAAGCUUGAGGCUGCCGAGGUUAGUUUCCCCUUUUACCUCAUCCCUGGAUUUAGUCAUACUAAUUCUCAAUAGGACUGGCUCUAUGAUGAAGGUGAAGAGGCAACAAAGGCUGUCUACGUGGCAAAGAUGGAUGAAAUCCGCACCGUAGCAGGACCAAUCGCCCAACGCUACUUUGACAAGGUUGAGGCUGAGCGUGAGGAGGCCAGGAAACAAGAAGAGGCUGAGUUGCAAAGGAAGAGGGAGAUGGCCGAAGCAGCUAAACAAGCAGCGAUGGCCAUGGAAGCAGCAGAGAAUGGAGGAAAUAAUGAUGAAAUCAUGACGGAUGCUGAGAAGGCCGAGCCCGAGGUUGAGGAGAAGUGAAGUGAAAAUAGAUGAUGGAGCAAAUUUGAGGGAGUUAGUUGGGUGGAAACAAAUAGAUCAUGCACGUUGUGAUAAUUCUUACGACUGAUAAGCUAGGAAUGAAUGGUAUUAUAGAACGAAUGGAUCUUAUGAUUAUGAGUAUGAGUAUGAGUAUGGGGUUUAAAUGAUUAAUUGAAGUGAGG